UUCCCAUCCGCCAUUUUACAGUCGCCAUUGAAAGGUGAAAACGGCACUGCGUGUAAAUUAUUGAAGGUUUAAGUGGUUUUAAAUUAAUUAAAUCGAGUGGAUAGUGGUUAAAACUACAUAUAAAAUGAUGGAACAACCAUGACGCAUCCAAAUCAUCAGACCAACGGCGCCAGUUUGGAGGAUUGCCAUACAAAUUUCUUUGCCCUGACGGACCUGUGCGGCAUCCGAUGGCGUAAGCUGGUGUGGGGCGAAGGCGGCGCCUCGCCCGAGCCCAUGGACGACCCGGUGCUGUCCAGCUUCUCGCGCUGCCUCGCCGUCGACAUCCUGUGCGUGUGGCGGCGCGUGGCGUGGCCGUCGACCUCCUCGUCCGCCGCCUCCUCCUCGGCGGGGGCGGCAGCAGCCGGUCUGAUGGACCCGUUCCUGCCGCCCGCCGCCGCCUCCGGCCAGCAGCAGCAGCCCCAGCUGUCUCUGCGCGCCGCCAAGGAGCUGUGGAUCUUUUGGUACGGCGAGGAGCCCGACCUGUCGGGCCUCGUGGCGCCCGAGCUCAUCAGCGGCCAGAGCGAGCAGGGCUCAUGGGAGAGCGGAUUGUCGUACGAGUGCCGUUCGCUGCUCUUCAAGGCUCUGCACAAUCUCAUUGAAAGGUGUUUACUUUCUCGAGGUGUUACCAGGAUUGGGAAAUGGUUCGUUCAACCAUACGAAGGUUCGGAGAAAAUUAUGGGAAAAAGCAUACAUUUUUCGUUCUCCUUCGUGUUUUUCGUGCACGGGGAGAGCACGGUGUGCGCGAGCAUAGACGUGCGGCGUCACCCACUGGUCCGUAAGCUGUCUCGUCAACACCUCCUGGAGGCGCAGGCUUCCACUUCUGAAACCAAAGUGCUGCUGGCUCCAUUUGGGCUGGCGGGCGUGCUGACGGGCCAGGGAUACAAGGUGCUGGACCUGCAGACCCAGCGUUUGCUGGAGGACUGGCGCCAUUUCUAUCCCAUCCCCGGGCGCGGGGACACCAUCGAGGGGGAGGCGGAACUGCCCCAAGUUCUGGAGGUGGCUGUGGGCGGGGUGAAGAUGCGCUACCCCACUUGCUACGUUCUUGUCACGGAUAUGGACGCCCCGGAGAGGCAGGGGGGACAGCCUGCGUCUACACCGCCAUCUCCGCGCCGCAGCUUGGGUCCGCCCGCGCUCCCCGCGCACCUGUCGGAGUUCGUGUGGCAGGACAACUGCCUUAGUCCCGGCCAGCAUGAUGCGGGGGAGGGCGACGGAUCUGCCAACCAGCAGCCCCUGCCCGGCCACUGGGAGUUCGUCGACCCCGCUCGCAAGACCGCCUGCAACUGUUCCAAGUAUAGAAAGGCCGGAGGCGCAAAAGAGUUGGCCACGAGCAAAGUGGCUGGAUGUGGCAGUGGUGGUAGUAGUAGCGCAAGCGCAAAGGCCCCCAAGGGGGACCGAGUGGAGAAAGGUAGUCGCGGGGGCUUCUUCCACCGCCGCUCCCUCCCGCGGGAAGAUGACGGCUGGGCGGCCGGGCCGAUGUCGAGGUUAGCAGGCCUGAGCACGCCUUCCGGGGGCUCGUCGUACCCGCGCGGCCAAUCCAUGACGCCCAACCCGCCCCCGGCGCUACACGGUGGGCUCGGGGACUCCUCGCUGCCGGUCCCGUCUGUGGGCUCACCUGCAUCUGCGGGGCCCUCCCCGCUGACCCACUCGCAACACUCGCGGCCUGCGUCCGCCCCUCCUGCCGAUGCCGCGAUGCCCACACUCAGCCCGCACCUCCCCCCCACCGCCGCCGCCAACUUGGAGGCUGCAGACAAGGUCACGCCAGCCGCCACGCCCUCUGACCUAAACGGACCCAAGUCCGUCUCAUCCGUCUCCAACCAGGUGUUCUCGCCGUACCCUGCCGCAUCAAGCGUGGAAGCGGCCGCGAAGCCCGUGGACAGCGUGGGGGGAGGUUCCCAGGGGCCGGCCAGCGCGCACUCAGCCGCCCCCUUACCGCCGCACCCCCCGGCCCCGCCCGAGCACUUACCCUCCCUCAAGAGGCCCGUCCUGUCGUCCAAGGAGUACGAGAGCGUGUUGCUGGAGGAAGAGCAGUCGUCGCAGCUUCUGUACGACUACUCAUCUCUGGAUGCGUGGCUGAACUACCCGGUGAAGAGGCUGAAGCAGUCCGAAUCGAGCAAGUCUCCAACGGGCAAGCGUCGCCCCAGUGCCAGCAGCGACCUGUACACGCCCGGUCACGCUGCGGUCUCGCCCGCGUCCAUGCUGACUGUCGUGAAGCAGGAGGUGACGGUGAAGCAAGAGCCCGGCUGCAUGAUGCAAAAUGAUAAUGCCCAUCAAAAAAAUGAUCCUUAUGUGUUUGACGACUUGGCGGCUCCUGCUGUAAGCAUGGAAGGGUUCAAACGAAAUAAUUCAAUUAAGGAGGAAGACAGGCGAAGUGGCGCAACAUCAGUUUUGCCACCUUUUGACCCUAUCAUCGCUAAUGGCCCUAUCCCAAAGGCUACAUCUGGGAAUUUGUUUACAAACGAAGGACUUCAAGCAUCAUAUAAAGAUCUGGACCAGAUUUUUGAUAACUCAGAUGAUACUUCUAGUGACGAGACGCUGCAGGUAGCAACUCCUCCGGACUCUAACAAUCCACCUGGGAUGCAUGAGGACUCUGCAGUCACGACAGUUGUCACCGUGAAGCCACCCAGGAGCAGUGGGGGCAACACGUCCAACACGGGCACACUGAGGCAGGAAGAACUGUCCAAGAUGUUCCCCACCCCGCCCUCGAUGGAGCACAAUCCAGGGGCGUCGCCGUGCGGCCACAUGUCGGACGGUCCUUCCGGUGAGCCGAGCGACUUGGCGGGCACCGUCCGUGUCAGGCAAGACAUCUACCCGAGCCUCGGGAGUCCUCAAGAGGAAAACAUAGAGGACUGGUCGUACGUUUUCCGCCCGCCCAUGAUUUGUCGGAUGGUGGGCUCGUCCAAGUACGCCCCGCUCACUAACCUGUCCAAGGAUAUGCCCCCCGUCGUGUUACCUCCGAACUGCGUCUAUAAGCCCUCGUGGCAGUACCCGCCAGCCGCUCCCCACGUGGAGAAGUCCAGCCCCGCGGUGGGGCAGGUGGGCAGCGGCUUGCCCGGGACGAACUCUAGGCCCAACUCUGUGGCUAGCAACCAGGUCUCCAUGCCACAUCCCCCACACCCACACCACCCUAUCCUGCCACACCCGCGAGCCGGCCUGUCGCCUAUCUCUCCAGCAUCUCACUUUCCCACCAGCCCCAUGGCGCUACCCCACCACCUACAGCAGUUCCGGGGCGGGGGGCCAGGCUCCGUGGGCGGUGCACGCACCCCCUGCCCCCCUCCCCCCACGUACGAGCUUGCUAGCCCCGCCACCUCCAACGCCUCUUCCUACCACAAGAACCUCAACUCUGUGGAGCCGGAGCCGGCGCCCACCACAGCCCGUGCGCCCGAGGCCAGCUCCCUUGUGGUCAACAUUCUGUUGGCUGACACUGCCCUCAACAUUUUUCGGGACCACAACUUCGAUAGCUGUAACAUGUGCGUGUGCAACGCGGGUCCCAAGGUAAUCGGCAACAUCCAGGGUGCGGACGCUGCCAUGUACCUGCCCGUGCCCCAGCCGCAGCCGACGAUCCCCGUGCCCUUCCCACCCGCAUCCCCCUUCCCCGGCAUGGGCAUGGGUGGGCCCUUGCCACCGCCCUACGGCAUGAUGGGCUCCUCACCCGCCCAUCACCGAGGUCCCGCAGCAGAGGAAGAGAUCAACUGCACGUGCGGGUUCAGUGCCGUCGUAAACCGGAGACAUUCGCACCGCACAGGCCUGUUCUACGAGGACGAGGUGGAGAUAACGGGACUGGCAGAGGACCCCAGCAGCCGUCGCAAGGGCUCCCUGGCGUCGUACCUGCUGCCGGGUGCGAUGAAGGGGCAGGAGGGUGUCGGAGAGGUGGUGGACGCGUUACCCCAGGGUGUGAUGGACCUUCUGCGAGAGCAGUGCGUGAUAGCGCAGAGUCCGACGAACUCAUUGUACCGUGCGGCUAGGUGUUUCCGGGCGGGCUUUGGGCCGAGCGGCAUCCCCUACAGCACCACCAUCAACAUGCUGGAUUAUUCGGACGGCAACGAGGUAACGUUCCUGGCGCUGGAGCAGGGGCGACAGGCGCUGCUGGAGAGCACCAUGGUGGCCAUGUGCAAGGUGGAGGAGAUGCAUCAGCGCCAGCAGAUGAUGCAGCAGCACGGAGGCAAGGGCCAGGACCGGCCUUGCGUGCACAUGUGGCCGUACCUGCGUGCCAAGGGCCCACGAUGUAGCCAGGACGUGGUGCGCGUCAUGAAGGGCCUGCAACCCCUACUGCAGGACGCCGUCCAGAAGAAGUGCACGACGCGCCUGUGGGAAGCUCCGUACACCGUGUCGGGGCCACUUACCUGGCGCCAGUUCCACCGCCUCGCCGGCCGAGGCACGGAAGACAGGUGCGAGCCGCAGCCCAUCCCCUCACUGAUGGUUGGCCACGACAAGGACUGGUUGUGCCUGUCGCCAUACGCCAUCCACUACUGGGAGAAGCUGCUGCUGGAGCCGUACUCAUACUCCAGGGACGUGGCGUACAUCGUGGUGGCACCGGACAGCGACUACGUGCUCCAGAAGGUCCGCACCUUCUUCCGGGAGCUCAGCGCUGUUUACGAGGUUUGCCGCCUGGGCCGGCACAGCCCCAUCACGAAGGUGCUCCGCGAGGGGAUCCUCCGCGUGGGCAAGUCGGCGGCCGGCAAGCUGGCCAAGGAGCCGGUGGACGAGUGGUUCGGCGCGCUGGGGGACGGGCCGGCCGCCGCCACGCUGAGGCUGUACGCACGGGUGUGCUGCCACCACCUCGCCCCGCACCUCUCCCAGAUACCCAUGGACCGGUCGCUGCUGGAUCCCCUGGACGGCUCCCAGGGCUCCGCUUCCCAGAGGUCGCUGCCCUCGCCCAUGCCUCCGCCCUCGACACCCGAGGGCCAGCCGCCCGACAAGGCGCCCUCCACGCCCAAGUCCGACCAUGAUGGAGAUGGUAGCGGCAGCGGGCGGGAUGUGGCACUCUGCACGGACUCUGGCCACGAAGACGACAGCCAGGAGCCGCCGGCUGUGGUGGUCUACCUGGUGGACCCAUUUACCGUCGGCAGCGACAGCACGGAUCUCCAGCGCCUUGCAUGCUUGGGGCUGCUGCGCUGCUUCUCAACUGUGCUGGCAGGGCUGCCUGAUCACGUGCGCGCCAAUGUCUGCGUACAGAUAAUCUCACUGGAGAGCAUCAUCGAGCUGGGGAUGCUGCGCGACCUGCACAGGUACAACGACCACAUGCGUGCGCAGGCGUUCUCCGUGUUCUCGCAAUGCCGUCGCAUGCUGACGCACACGUCAAGCGUUAAGUCGCUCACCGGCUUCGGCACGGCUGCCAUGACGGACCUCUUCCUUAAGACUAAAGACGAAAAGAACCGUGCCCCCUACCGCCUGUACACGCCGCCCUACGUGCUCGCCCCCGUCAAGGAGAAGACAGAGAGCAGCGAGUCAUUCGGCCAGCCGGGCGCAGAGCAUUGCUCCGUGCUGUACGUGAGCUACUGCCUGUCGGAGGACCAGCACUGGCUGCUGGCCGUUGCCACCGACGACCGGGGGGAGGUGUUCGAGACAUGUGUGGUGGACGUGGACGUGCCGAACCGUGGACGGCGCCGGAGGGCGUCCGCGCGCCGCGCGGGGCUGCAGAAGCUCAUGGACUUCGUGCUGGGCGUCAUGUCGCAGAGUGUGCAGCCGUGGCGGCUGGUGGUGGGGCGCAUCGGCCGUGUUGGGCACGGGGAGCUGAAGGGUUGGAGCGUGCUGUUGAGUCGCAAGGCACUGCUUAAAGCCUCCAAACAGCUGAAGGAGAUAUGCAGCCAGUGCAGCCUCAUGUACCCCAGUGGUGCGCCAUGCGUGCUGAGCGCGUGCCUGGUGUCUCUGGAGCCAGACACCGUGCUGCGCCUCAUGUCGGACCAAUUCACCCCAGACGAGCGGUUCAGCCAGGCGUCGCUCAACUGCCAGCUGUCCACGCCCCAGGACGUGUCCUGCACGCACAUCCUCGUCUUCCCCACGUCCGCCACCACACAGUCUUCCCAGUCAGCGUUCCAGGACUCAACCAUCAAUGGACCUGAGUUUGGGGACGAGUUGUUCCCCUCCUUGGACAAUGACAUGCCUGAGGGCAUCGAGGAGAUGCCCAUGGACCUGAAUGACAUCUUUGCAUGGCCAGAAACAGGUCUGGGGGGCGCGCAGUCGCCCACGGGCAGCCCCCGCCGCGGAGACUCUCCUUCACAGCCGGGCAGCCCUGCGUGUGGCCUCGGAGGGAUGUCGGACCAGCAUAGCCCCUUCCCCUGCAAUGGUACCUCCCGGAGUGGGGGCAGCCUGGGUGUGGACUCGCAGGACGAGGUUGGCCUGCUGCACCAGCAACCUUUGGCGCUGGGCUUCUACGUUUCGACCGCACCCACGGGUCGCAUGCCGCGCUGGUUCUGGGCGUCGUGCCCGCACCUCGAGGGCGUGUGCCCUGCCUUCUUGAAGAACGCGCUGCUGCUGCACGUGCCGGCCAUUCACCAGAACGACGACCUGCUCCAGCAGCAGUCGGCCGUCGCCGGCCACCCGCUCGACUCGCAGUACACCACCGACGUGCUCAGGUACGUCCUGGAAGGCUACAACGCGCUCUCGUGGCUGGCGCUGGACUCCAACACUCGCGACCGCCUCUCGUGCCUGCCCGUGCACGUUCAGGCGCUGAUGCAGCUGUACCACAUGACCUCCGCCCUCGUCUGACCUGCCUGCCCUCCCCCCUUAGUUACCUCGGACGCGCCCCAGCAAUAAGACUUGUCCAAUCUUGAGAUAUGGUCGUGUUGUCGGUGUAAGUGACAAUCAUAGUGAGAGUUCUUAUUUCAAUUGUGAUUUUAGGUGUUCUAUUCUCUCUCUGUCUCUCUCUCUCUCGAAGGAAGGGUUUCUGGCAGGAAUCAAUUAACCAAAGAAGGAAACAUCGUCCUUAAUAUAUUUUUUUUUUGUUUAAUGAAUGUCAGUGAAUGUUGAAAAAAAGCAGUUGAUUGGUACCAACCAAAGUUGGUGAUUACUUUCAUACCCAAGGGAUUUUGUUUUUUUAUUGUUCUCCUGCAGUUUGUAGAUACAAUUUUUUUAGAUAAUGCAUAUUUAUUCAGCUUUUUAUGUAAAUUAUUGUUCCAAAAAUUUUAUCUGUUUUGAUGUUUUAUUUAUGGCAUGAGAAAUUGAGUGUCCAUGGUACUUGAUUUUAUAAUUUUUAUUUUAUAUAUUAUUUGUUUUUGCAUUAAUUUUCAUUAUCGAUGUAUGGUUUUAUACUGAUUUCCUAGUAGGGGUCUACUAGCAAGAACUUGAAUCUUUUUAAUGUGACUUUUAUGACACUUAGGGCAAUGCACUGUGGUGGAGUGUUCAAUCGCGGAUGAAUGUACAUAUACACCAAGAGUUCUCGUGUUCUCGCUCGUCGCGCUCUUGGCGCUCUUGGCUAGCUCUCUCAUGCCAGGCUGCCGGUACAUGUGCAUUGGGAAUGUCCAUUUAAAUAUGCAAAAGAAAAUAUCCUCAAAUUUACUCUAUUAGGGAACGGGGAACUUUGUAUUUACAGAGAAUAUAUAAUAAAAUAUACAUAGGUUUAUACAUAUAAUUAUACAUAAAAAAUAUAUCUUAUUAUAUUAUGGAAUAGUACAAACUGUUAAGAAUUAUCAAUUAUUGAUGACGUGUGUGAUAAUUGUAUAUUUGAUAUAUCCUUAAAGGACUGUAAGAAUAAUGUGUGUAUAAAUGCAAAUGUGUUUAAGUGUUCAGAACAUAUAAUUGUGUACAUUUUGUACAGAUAAUAUCUUCAGAUAGUUUUAAAACUGUGUAACAUUGUUCAAUAUGCUGUGUAAGGUUAAUGGCAAUGUCUUCACAAUUUGUAAAUGGUGUUUCAUUCGGUAUGUCAUUUAUCACAUAUUUUAACAUUUUUUGUAAUGUAUGAAAAGACUGCCAGGGAGCACAUUUAGGGUGGAGAGUUUUUUAAUGUGCAGAAUAUUUGAUGUUACGUUGCAUUGAUAAUGUUUCUUUAAGUUGUUCUUCUCUCUCUUCCUUGAAACUCGACUGUUUUCCCCUUUUUUCCGAAGUACAAGGCUCAUUUGGUUGUGGCCGCAAGCGGUACGUGGCCACAGUCAACCAGUGUAUGAACUUUACAUAAAAAAAUAUUUAUUUUGUAUAUAAUUGAUUAUAGAAGUAUUACACUGUUGGUAUCUUUGCACCUGUACAGACGUAAGUAGUGUACAAAAUUUUCCAGUGCUCCGUGCUGUAAGUAACAGUUCAAACGGACGGUGGACUUGUUAUUAGGAGUGACUGUUACCACAGGUGACUUUUCAUUCCUUUUGUUAUUAGCAUAAUAUUCCAACUGACCAUUUCACGUUUGCAGAGUUGAUCAUUUUUGUGAAAGAUAUGUACAUAAGUAUUACUCCCCACUUAUGUUUUUCUGCCCUGUGUUUUAAAUUAAGAUACUUUAUGUACUUUGGAGAUCAUGCCACUUGGUUGUGUUAACACAGUGCUACAGGAAUUGCAAUUAUAAGUACAGUUUUACAUAAAAAUUCUUUUGUUGAAGUUAGUUUGUAAGGAGAAAAUUGUAAAAGAACCACCACUAGAGAUUUCCUAAUCAUUUUUAAGAUCUUUUCCCUGAAGAAUAUCUUCUAUGAAAAAAUAUUAAAGUAUGGAAUGAAAAGAAAAAAAAAUAAAAACAUACUAAAGAUGUCCUCAAUAUUUUUUUGGCUUUUUUUUUUUUUUUAAUUAUGAGGGAAGAAUCAUUCUAAAGCAAUGAAAUGUCAAUACAGUUUUUUCACAGGGAAAAAAAUAUUUUAUACGUGUAUUUACUCUGUAACAUCUAAUUUAGUAAAUUGAAAGAUAUUUUUUCCUUUAUGUUACAAACCUAGCCUCUGGAGAGGACCAUUAGUACGCUAGAUCUUUCACUCAAAAGUCAAAACAUGAAGUUGCCAAAAUUUUGGGAAAUUAAAAUUGUGUGUGGAAAUGGGUCCAGUAUGUUGACCGAAUAAUUCUCUUUGGUGGUCGACGAAUGCAGUCAUUACUAAUAAAGGCUUCAACUGCGCAACACGAAACAUCAAUUGAACUUUUGAAAAAAUAAACAAAAAUGAUUGUAGUAUUUAUUACUUGGAUAGUAAAACAAAAAAAAUGGGAUUAUAUUAUUAUUGAAUAAUACAGUUUUAUGUGUACAGGAA